AUGCUCGAAGAGCAGAGGGGCCAGCGAAAGGCCUCUGGUGUGGUGGAGACACAAGGGGCGGGGGGGUGAGCAGCAAGGUGGGGCGCUGUGGACAGGGACUGCUACACCAUCUGAUGAAGAGCGAGUACAUGAUCUUCAGGGACACCUAACAGCACCACCACCAGCGCGUCCAGCCCCCCUUCGCUGCCCAUUUCAUCCCCAACCCAACUGGUAUUACGCUAACGUCGGGCUCGAGACGGACCGACGCGGGCGGACAGCCGAGGAGUGGCCGCAUGGUCAGACACACACACACACACACACACACACAGCCAGCAGAGAAAGACAUAUGGAUAAAAGUCUCAUGUGUCCGUGUUUGUGCCCCGUUCUCUCGGUCUGUGUAGGAUGUCGUGUGACCUGAUAGAGCGUCCGCCGUACUGGUACUGGCACUUCUGCCAGACCAAGCAGGCCCUCCGGUUCAUCGGUGCACGGAUCGACUUGCUCUUCUUCGCCGGCUCAGGCCGCGAGAACCGCCAACGAACACGCAUCGCUGGCGAAAAGCACCGGCAUCUCCUACAGAUCGGUGCGCACUCAUUCAUUGGGGCACACAACAACAGCAACAGCACCACCACCACUCCGUUUCUCCUCGCGCUGUCUGUCUGUCUGUCUAUCUGUCUGGCUGGCUGGGGUGCAGAUGUUCACGACGCAGAAGCUCAUCGACCGCUACCGUGAGCUGGUCAACGCCGGCGACAUCGCGCCGCCCUACGGGUGGGUGCAGGAUCCCUCCACCCUCCCACAGCAGCAGCAGCCGGCCAUCACCGAGGCAUCCGCUGACCUAGAGGACGUCACAUCGCGACCCGACAGGGACGCUGACGCCACACCCACCACCCGCACCCAUCACACGUCGCUCCCCGUGGCACCCCGCCCGGCAGCCGAUCAUCAGACUGGGAAUGGUGGGGGCGAGGGGGGCGGGCGGUGGCCUUGGGAGCAACACCAGGGGCCCUUCGGACGUAACGACCAACUACGAGUGGAACAGCCGCGUGACUGGCCGCAGUGAGUCGGACUACGUGUAUGCCCCCGACACACAAUUCCACGGCGAUGUGCUCGUCUUAGAGGAGCGCAGCUCCCAGCGGUGCCGCGACGUCGACCAGCUCAGCAACCGCAGCGAGCACGCCGAGCGCCAGGUCGCCGAGCGCAUCGAUCACCACGCCAUCGAGGGGUGGAGGAGGCGACUUGAUGACGCUCAAGCAGGAGCAGGAGCAUCCCCUGCCUAG